AUUAGGUUUCAGCUCCUGUCAUACACGCCUCCCUCUCUAAAAAUAUUCCUCUGUAUGCGGCUGCUGUGGAGGGCUGCUCGACGCGGUGGUCUGCUGCAGCCUGCCGGAGUAAUGGAGAGGAACACCAUGUAGACAGCUGCAGACUGAGACUGAGCAGAAUGGGAAACUGCAUAUGGAGCGGUGCAGGACUGCAGCCCUGAGAGCAGGCUUCCUCCGGACCUCAGCCAGGCUCGCUCUGCCCUUCCCUGGAUGGUCUCCUUCCAUUUUUUCCUGAAGCAGACGGAUUUGCGUCCUUACAUUUUAGACACUGGACUGGAUCCUUAUUCUCUCUCUCUCUCUCUGUCUGUCUCUCUCUCUAUCUCCCUCCCUCUCUCUCGCUCUCUCUCUAUCUCACGUCUCGCUUGGUGACCCCCACGUUUUUUUAGCGGUUCCUCACAGCCGCUGAUCCCGCCGUUAAGCACCGCUGAGCACCGGUAACAGAAGCCCUUUCCUGCUCGCUCCUGAAUUCACUCGCAUUCCCGCCAAGCUCCUAAGCAAUACUCGCCAUCAUGGGGGACAUGACGAACAGCGAUUUCUACGCAAAGAACCAAAGAAAUGAGGGCGACCACGCGGCCGGCUUCGGCUGCACCGUGCUGGACCUGCGCUCACUCAUGGAGCUGCGGGGCAGCGAGGCCGUGGUCAGGAUCCAGGAGGAGCACGGCGACAUGGAGGGGCUCUGCAAACGCCUGAAAACCUCACCUACAGAGGGUUUAACUGGAGUUGCAGCCGACUUAGAAAAAAGAAGAGAAAUCUAUGGGAAAAACCUUAUACCUCCAAAGAAGCCAAAAACAUUCUUACAGUUAGUAUGGGAAGCGCUGCAAGAUGUAACCCUCAUUAUCUUAGAAAUCGCCGCCAUGAUCUCCCUCGGACUUUCCUUUUACCACCCUCCAGGGGAAGGGAGUGAAUCUUGUGGGAGUGCUGCCGCAGGUGUAGAGGAUGAGGGUGAGGCAGAGGCUGGCUGGAUCGAGGGGGCAGCCAUCUUGCUGUCUGUGGUCUGUGUUGUGAUUGUCACUGCCUUUAAUGACUGGAGCAAAGAGAAGCAGUUCCGAGGUUUACAAAGCCGCAUCGAGCAGGAGCAGAAAUUCCAAGUGGUGCGUGGUAGCCAGGUCAUACAGCUUCCCGUAGCGGACAUUGUGGUUGGCGACAUCGCACAAAUCAAAUAUGGUGACCUACUUCCAGCGGAUGGAAUCUUAAUACAAGGAAAUGAUCUGAAGAUUGAUGAAAGUUCCUUAACGGGGGAAUCGGACCACGUGCGGAAAUCAGCAGACAAAGACCCCAUGCUUCUCUCUGGCACCCACGUGAUGGAGGGCUCGGGCCGAAUGCUGGUGACCGCGGUGGGAGUCAACUCUCAGACAGGCAUCAUCUUCACGCUCCUGGGUGCAGGUGGAGAGGAGGAGGAGAAGAAGGAGAAGAAAGGUCAGGCAGUGGAGGAUGGCCAGCAGCCAGCAGACCACUCCCAUCCCUCCUCCAACCCCAUCUCAACUAUAGCUACCGAUGGUGCUGCAGGCGCAAAUGCCCCUGGUAAUGCCAGCCUAGUCAAUGGUAAAAUUCAGGAUGGAAAUAUGGAGAACAACCAGACCAAAGUUAAGAAACAAGAUGGUGCCGCAGCGAUGGAGAUGCAGCCUCUGAAGAGUGCAGAAGGAGGGGACAUGGAUGAGAAGGAGAAGAAAAAGACCAAUGUCUCCAAGAAGGAGAAAUCUGUUCUCCAAGGAAAACUGACCAAGCUAGCUGUUCAGAUUGGCAAAGCAGGUUUGGUGAUGUCAGCGAUCACAGUCAUCAUCCUGGUGCUGUAUUUUGCCAUUGACAACUUUGUGUACCAGAAGAGGCCGUGGAUGCCAGAGUGCACUCCUGUGUACAUCCAGUAUUUUGUCAAGUUUUUCAUCAUCGGUGUGACCGUCCUGGUGGUAGCAGUUCCUGAGGGGCUUCCAUUGGCUGUCACCAUCUCUCUGGCCUAUUCCGUCAAGAAAAUGAUGAAGGACAACAACCUGGUGCGGCAUCUGGAUGCGUGUGAAACCAUGGGCAACGCCACGGCCAUCUGCUCGGAUAAGACGGGCACACUGACCACCAACAGAAUGACAGUGGUGCAGGCCUACGUGGGAGAUGUGCAUUACAAAGCGAUCCCUGACCCUGGUGUUCUGCCCCCCAAGACCCUGGAGGUCCUUAUCAAUGCUAUAGCUAUCAACAGCGCCUAUACCACCAAGAUACUGCCUCCUGACAAAGAGGGUGGUCUCCCAAAGCAGGUGGGCAACAAGACCGAGUGUGGCCUCCUGGGCUUUGUGCUGGACCUUAAGCGGGACUAUCAGCCCAUUCGUGACCAGAUGCCAGAAGAGAAGCUCUACAAGGUCUACACCUUCAACUCCGUGCGCAAGUCCAUGAGCACCGUCAUCAAACUCCCCGAUGGCAGCUUCAAGAUGUACAGCAAAGGAGCUUCAGAGAUCGUGCUGAAGAAAUGUUCCCGUGUCCUGAACGAGACGGGUGAGCCACGCGUCUUCCGGCCACGGGACAAGGACGAAAUGGUGAAGAAGGUGAUCGAGCCGAUGGCGUGCGACGGGCUGAGGACCAUUUGCGUGGCGUACCGUGACUUCCCAGCAGACCCUGAGCCAGACUGGGAGAGCGAGAACGACAUCCUGUCUGAGCUGACCGCAAUCUGCGUGGUCGGAAUCGAGGACCCCGUUAGGCCUGAGGUGCCCGACGCCAUUCAGAAGUGCCAACGUGCAGGCAUCACCGUGCGCAUGGUGACCGGGGACAACAUCAACACGGCCCGCGCAAUCGCCAUCAAAUGCGGCAUUAUUCACCCUGGGGAGGACUUCCUGUGCAUCGACGGCAAAGAGUUCAACCGGAGGAUUCGCAACGAGAAAGGAGAGGUGGAGCAGGAGCGGAUAGAUAAGGUGUGGCCCAAGCUGAGAGUGUUGGCCAGAUCCUCUCCCACCGACAAGCACACCCUGGUCAAAGGUAUCAUCGACAGCACGCUGGUGGACCAGAGGCAGGUUGUUGCAGUGACUGGCGAUGGAACGAAUGACGGUCCUGCUCUGAAGAAGGCCGACGUGGGCUUCGCCAUGGGAAUCGCUGGGACAGAUGUGGCCAAGGAGGCCUCUGACAUCAUCCUGACUGAUGACAACUUCUCCAGCAUAGUGAAGGCUGUGAUGUGGGGCCGCAAUGUGUACGACAGCAUCUCCAAGUUCCUGCAGUUUCAGCUGACUGUCAAUGUGGUGGCUGUGAUCGUGGCCUUCACUGGAGCCUGCAUCACACAGGACUCCCCACUGAAGGCGGUUCAGAUGCUGUGGGUUAACCUGAUAAUGGACACCUUCGCCUCGCUGGCCCUGGCCACCGAACCACCCACAGAGUCGCUGCUGAUGCGCAAACCCUACGGCCGAAACAAGCCGCUCAUCUCCAGCACCAUGACCAAGAACAUCCUGGGCCACGGCGUGUACCAGCUGACCAUCAUCUUCACCCUGCUCUUUGUGGGUGAAGAGAUUUUCGACAUCGACAAUGGGAGGAACGCCCCCCUUCACUCCCCACCCUCGGAGCAUUACACCAUCAUCUUCAACACCUUCGUCAUGAUGCAGCUCUUCAACGAGAUCAACGCCCGCAAGAUCCAUGGAGAGCGGAAUGUGUUUGAUGGAAUUUUCCGGAAUCCCAUCUUCUGCUCCAUUGUGUUUGGUACCUUUGCUAUUCAGAUUGUGAUUGUGCAGUUUGGAGGAAAACCCUUCAGCUGUUCUCCCCUGGAUCUGGACAAAUGGAUGUGGUGUGUUUUUCUUGGCCUGGGAGAGCUGGUCUGGGGACAGGUGAUCGCUAGUAUCCCUAAUAGCAAGCUGAAGUUCCUGAGAGGGGCCGGGCAGCUGACCCAGAAGGACGAGAUGCCGGAAGAGGAGAUGAACGAGGACAACGAGGAGAUCGAUCACGCGGAGAGGGAACUGAGGCGUGGCCAGAUCCUCUGGUUCCGUGGACUCAACAGGAUUCAGACUCAGAUACGCGUUGUGAAUGCAUUCCGUAGCUCUCUCUACGAAGGCUUGGAAAAACCAGAAUCGAGAACCUCCAUUCACAACUUCAUGACUCACCCGGAGUUUAGAAUAGAGGACUCGCAACCCCACAUUCCUCUCAUUGACGACACUGACAUCGAGGAAGACCCAGCUCUGAGGAAGAACUCCAGUCAGCCCUCAUCCCCAAACAAGAACAACAACGCCAUUGACAGCGGCAUCAACUUAACCACUGACACCAGUAAGUCUGCUGCUUCCUCUAGUCCUGGCAGCCCCCUACAUAGCUUGGAGACCUCCCUCUAACCCUAGACUGGUGUUAAAAACUAUACUCUCAAAGUGCAACAAAGUGAACACACACAAGAAAUGUGUGUGAGCUACUGGGUGAACGCCUUUUCUGAACCUUACUGUUAUCGGCGACACGUGGAGGCAAGAUGACAAGAUUGCUGUGGAGGGGCACGGAAAACGGUAUAAAUCAACCUCUCCCCCUUUCCUAUGAGUACACUGACUAUAUUAAUAAUAAUUUACAUUUAAAAACAUAACUGCUCCUGCAUGAAUGUACAUUACCCAAGUUUUUAUUUCAUUUUGUUUAAAUUUUGUUUGAAUUAUUUGAUUUGAUUGAUUUUGGUGGGAAGUACAGUGGACUUCUAUUUAAAGACAGCUUAUCCGAUUCACUGGUGUGUGAGUUUAUUGUGUGGCAUGAACCUAAUUGUAUAGAUUUAUUUGAUUAAUAAAAUGAAAAGUGUUUUAAGGUUGCAGGACUCAACUUGCACAGUAGAUUUGCACCUGUUGGAAAAGAGGAACCCAUAAAUAAUAGCAUUUAUUACAUAUAUUAUAUAAAUAUAAAUAUAUAUAAAUAUAUAUAUUUAUAAAUAUAUAUAUAUAUAUUAUAUAGAGAGAGUUUAUCUUCUUUGUUUGUUGGCAUGUUGCCUUGUUUCUGCUUCUAUGGCUCUUACUACUUUAACUUAUUUAUGUCCUAAAGAGAAUGUAAUUUGUUUACAAAUCCCGUAGAUACUUCCUGGUUUAUUUGUAGGGUACAAAACCAUACUGCAGACGUAGUUGGAACAGCUCAAGUUGUUGAGUACUUCUGUAACAUUGGACUGUAGGUGUUUUAUUACAAACUGUGUGCUGGAUUUGCCUGCUAUUUUGUUAAAUAUUGUAGAUAUUUUUAGAAGACUAAAAAAGAAACCAAAAUAUAAUGGGAUAUAUAAUUAAUGUGGCAUCUUAGUAUUAUAUGAUUGUUGGGAUCAACUCUGAGCGGCUUCCUGUUUCCAAACACAAAUCUUUACAUGAAGGGUUUUCUUUUUUAAAUUUUCUUUUCAUUCAAUGCUUGAAAUGAAUUUUAGGUCAGUCUCAACACUGAGAGGGCCGUUCAGGACUGAUUUAAUGAACUAUCUACUAUAUAAACACUGCUUGUUUAUUGGAAAUAUUUUACAUAUGUGUGACCAUCAAAGGCUGCGAUGGAUUUAUAAUAUUAGAAACAACUGCAAACUAAGUUAUAUUUGGCUUAUCUGUAUGGAAAUCAAAAGUUGUGUUGAAAUCUUGUGAUAUAUUGUGUUGAUUAUUUUUUCUUUUAUUUUGAAAUUUGUUUUCCUUAAAAGAAAGAACACACAGCUCCAAAGCUGUCGGAAUUUUAAACAACUGAAAAAAAAAAAAAAAUGGAAUGUUGCUUUUUGACUCUUUUUUUAUUUUUUAAAAUGAUCCUUUUUCUGCACUAUCUGGAUAUGAAUGAAACUCUCUGUGGUGUAUAUUUAGAUGUGCUUUUGUGUGUUUUUAACCAAGCUUGUCUUCCUGCGGUCACUAAAUAUACUCUAGCAUCUCAACAGUAUUCACUAGUUGUUAACUAUUUAUUGUGCUUUCCAAUCUAAAGGUCACACAAACAGUCAAUCGGAGAGGGCUGACAUACAAAUGCAUUGAAACGUCAAUGGCCCAAAAAUAUUGUAUUAUUGUUAUUAUUAUUACUAAUUGGGUAUAUGAGGAAGCAUGAUAGAAUAUGCUCAAUAUGCAAGUUAAACAAAUCAAUUUUUUCUACUCAGAAUCCAAUAUCUUGACCUGUGGUUUUCCCCGUGUGUAUAGCAGCUGUCAUUCAUCAGGAGGGGGGUAAACAAGCUUUAACAGUUAGCUCAGGCAUAUGUAAAAGCCUUCAGCAAAGGACCAUCAAAACAAUACCUUUAUGUAUCACAGGAGUGCUCUGUCCUGCAGUGUCUGCAUAUAUGGUUUUUCUUAGGUUCUUUUUAAAUCAUUUUAUAUGAUCAAAACGGCUUCAGUCAACAUUAUGAAAUGAUUUGUACAUUACAAACAAACAAAAAAUAAUCCAGCUUUAAAACAAUAAAUGGUGAUAAGUAGGGUAUUAUUAUGUAAAUAGCUAAUUGCCUUCAUUGGAAACGCACAUCCAUCCAGGCUUAUGUGGACAGGGACUGUACAAUGUACAUGUGAUGAUGCUUUUUUGGUUUCUAUUUCUGGUUAGAGCAUUACAACAGUCACUGCUACAGGUCAAGUGUUCUGUAUCAAGCGCUCAGGUUGUUGAGCAGACGUACUGAUGCAGAUGAAUUAUACAUGACUGACAGAUCAAUAUGAUGACAGAUCGACACCACUGAAAUACAAUAAUAUUAAUAAUAAUAAUAUUUCUUGCAAUACAUCAAAUGCUUCUAUGUACUGUACUUAGCAGCAUGCAUUUUGUGGAACAAAGAAAAAGACGUUAAAUGCCAGUGGUAAAUUUGGCAUUCUAGCCAUGUAUGGGUAAAUGAUAAGUGUUCAUCCAUCUUGUUUUUAUGAAUUUUUUUAUCUAUACAAUAAUUGUAAAUAAAGAACUCAAUGUCUUUGUUCAUUUAAUACUAUGCAAAAAGUCAUGCUUUCUGAUUGUUACCCACCUACCCUAGAGUGUGUUGCUGGAAUGUCUGUGGUCUCAAAAGUCAGUAAACAAUGUGAUGUAAAUGAUUUUCUAGUUUGAAGGAAGUAAUGAACUGUGACUCUUGCAGCUUCACUGUCCGUAAUACAACUGCAGGCAGGAGCGCAAGUGGAGAAACUAAUAAACAAAAAAAGAGAAAAAAACAGCAUUAAAUAAAUUCCCAGAGCAGCAUGAACCAGAAUGGAGUUCCCUGAGCAGUGUGGCAUCUGUGUGAUGUUUGCUUUCCUUUGGCUUUGGUCCUCUGUAACAAGGAACUUGUGUGUGUGCAUGUCUGUGUGUGUGUGUGUGUGUGUGUGUGUGUGUGUGUGUGUGGGGCGGGGGGUUACAGUAUGUGUGUCCGUGUGUGUGUGACUGUGAAUAAUUCUGUCUUAACACAUGGACAGUAGUAUUCCACAGAUUUUUCAUAGAAGCAGAGUCCUGUGCUAUAGCUUUCCUGUCCUUCACAUUACUGUUUUUCAGUCAGUUCCAGAGGCCAAAUUAGGGGUUCUGUAGAACCAUACUUGGUUCUGGUUGCUUAUGUAGUCUGUGAAAUUAUGAUGGGUUGACCUGUUCACAUUUUCCAGAAAAAUGUUUUUUUCUCUUCUGUAGGGUAUCAACACAUUUUCAAAAUCGACAGAAUAAGAAACAUUGAUUUCCUCUAUUUUCCCUAUGAAUGCUUAUCACACUAAUUUAUCCAAAAGGUUUUUAAAGCACUUGUGAAUCACGUGUAUCUGGUGUUUUUGAAAUGUCUUAUGCUAAAAGAGGACUAUUGGAAUCCUUUAAAACAAGCAUAAAGAAACAGCAAGCCAAUGUAAUCCUGGCUGCCCCUGCAUGGAUCUUCAUUACUGCUUGAACCAUAUGAACAGAUGUAGAUUUACUGAGCUCCAUUUUGAUUUCUUCAUACCACAAUGAUUCCCGCAAUAAAAAUAAAAAUGUAAAAUUGUAUCCAUAAUUUCCUAAUUUGAAUCAAAAAGCAUCCAAGAUACAUUUCAUGUUUCUCACUGUUUCCUUUAAUAUGACUGAAUGUAUCGCAUAAAGCAAUUAUAACAUUUACAUGAGUAACUUUCCAACCUGACACUGAUUUAAUAUUUUUGUACAUUAUCAUAGUUUACAUUGGUGAUAGUUUAAAAUAAAAGUCUGUAUUUUAAUAUACUGGAAAAGGGCUUUUCACACAUGGACAUCUUUGUAAAUAUACCUGAUCCCACUAAAUUAUAUCACUCUGUCCAAGCUCAUGUGUUACUGGAAUAUCUAGAGAAUACCUAGAAAAUUCUAUCAAUUGGAGGGGAAUAUAGGUUUGUCUGCACCAAAAUAAUCUCAAGAUGUUUAAAUAUUUAAAGAACCUUCUCCACUAUUUGAAACGCUCAAGACUCUCGAACGUCAUGUAUGGUAGAAGUGAGAUUGAAAUGUGUACUUUCAUGGACGGCUUUUCAGUAUGCUAAUAUAUUAGCCUACUGCUAGGGGUGCAAGCUUCUGCUUAUGGAUGACAUGUCCCCAUGUCAAUAGCAUCUCAUGCCCGAUAAUGAAUUGGAUUGAAAAGAAAUCAGGUAUUUUGGGAUUUUUUCGGUAACCAUCUUGGACAGUCUUAGCACUCCCUGCCUAAUGGUGGGUAGGAAUAUUAUGCAGUGAACUAAUUUGGAAAAUCUAAACUGAGGUCCAGCAUCAAUCAAUCCUAUUCAGGUUUUAAUUGUACCGUUAUAAAUCCAUUCAGUAAUUCUUUAAACUUUUUAAAUGACCUGGGUUUUAACUAAUGUUUUACCUUUAGUAAACGUCCACAAGGGAUGGUGAAAACAUAUCUGAAUAUUUUAGCAAUAAACCAUGAAAUUCAAACAAAUAAUGUAACCACAAAGCUGCCUAUAAUCACGUGUUAUCAGCUAUACUGCUUUGUAAAUUAUAUGACCAAUAUAAAUAUAUUUUUUAGAAUCUUCUAAGAGGUUUUAAGUAUUGUAGCUUGCCAGUUGGCAAGAAAUCCAAUCAUUUGUUGAUUUUGUUUCGGAAUUCCACAGUGAUUUGAAUCAUACUUGAUGUAUGAACCAGACUAAUUGUCAGUUGCAGCAUGCGAUAUCUGUGCUACCAGCAAUAUUUCCUACACAAACUAGUGAUGAACUCUAAGAAACAUUUUUGUGUAUUGAAAAUUCUAUUUUGUUAGUUACCACUAUACCCCAGUGAUAUUUUAUCAAGAGAGAAUGAGCUUUCUCCCUGUAGACCAGGUAGUUGUGACCACCAUUGGGUACUGUAAACCAUUUUUUUACAAUUUCACAUUAAUAUAAAUUCACCCCAUGUUGAGAAUAUUUUUUUUGUGCUUUUUGUAAUAAUGGUGAUGUUGUGUAAAACUUUGAUGACAUCAUACAAAUCUAAAAUAAUCUAUAAUAUCAGCACUAUAUAUUUAAAGCAAGUUUUAAAUCCACUAUGAUACAGAACGAUGCCAAAAUAUAGAUAAUGUGACUUUACUAAUGCUCUAAUAUUCUGAUAUAAUUUCUACUCACUGCAUUCUACAUAUGCUGCAGUUGAUUGGGCAGGCAAUACACAUACUCAAACACCUACUGCAUAUCAGAAAGUUAAUUACCCGGCAUACAUUUAACCCAAUAUUGUAACUCAUAAUACAUAAAGAGUCUGUGGGGCCCAAUGCUCCUCCACUGAAUUUUAUGGUUUACAUGCAUGCAAGUUGUUCAAAUUGUGUGAGGAAGCAAAUGCACAUGGUAUUUCAAAAAGGGUUUUACAGGUCUGCUGUAAAAUGCAAUUAGAUGAAAGGUGUUUGCAUGCAUGGCAGAACAUUUGAGAAAUCUGUAAAAUGAUCAGGCUGAUCACUGCUGUGUGAGUGAGGGAAACUUGGAGACUAUUCCCUGAGGAAAUGACAUGAUGUUUGUAUCUAUGCCCCCAUACAAAUGUAUCUAAUGUCAUGAUUUUCUAAUGUGUACAAUUAUAACUUUAUAAUGUGAUUAGCCUUCAAGUGAAUAUGGCAUGUGCAAUAAAGUGAAGGGAAUUAUUGUA